CCGGGCCCGCCCUGCCGGCGCCCCGGGACCAAGAGUGAAGGCGCGCGCUCGGCCUCUCGGCGCUCGCUUGCUUGGGUCUGGCCAGGCUCCGCGCCGGCAGCGCAGCCGGAGUCUCGGCGCUAGCGGGACAGGGCCCGCCAGGCGGCAUGGAGGGGCCGCGGGCCGCCGCGGGCGGGGACGUCUCCUUGCACAACUUCAGCGCGAGGCUGUGGGAGCAGCUCGUCCACUUCCAUGUCAUGCGGCUGACGGACUCGCUCUUCCUGUGGGUGGGAGCCACGCCGCACCUGCGCAACCUCGCCGUGGCCAUGUGCAACCGCUACGAUUCCAUCCCUGUGUCUACCUCCCUCCUCGGAGACACUUCCGACACCACCUCCGCUGGCCUUGCGCAGCGCUUAGGAACCGUCAGGCCAUGGGUUAGCAGGACGUCAAUACACACAAGAAAAGAACUCUUCAGUUUGCUGAUGGCCCCCGCUUCUCAGGUGGUCUGAGAACAUCACCAAGGGAACAGUUUGCGUGCAAUCCGAUCUCUGCCUCUACUUGCCUUUAAGACCGGGACCCUGCAAGCGAGGUGAGAGGCCACCCGCUGUCCCCUCAGGGUGAGAGCCAAGACUUGGUUUACAGAGGCGCUAAAGUAGGGACAGUGAGAGCUGCAUAAACAGGUAGAGUUUUUAUUACUUGUAGUCAAUGGUCAUGAAAUGCCCUUCAUUGGAUACCAUCAGAUGAGGUAGGGAAGACAUUCCAGUGGAAAUUUGUUAAUGGGGCAACAUUUUUUAUUUCUGUACAUUUACAUACAAAUUUUCCCCAAAGGUACAACAGAUGUGACAUCAUGCAGACGUUUAGCUUUGAACGACAGUUCAGAACUCGAUUUAGGCUUGUGCUAUGAAUGAGCACCUCCAGAGUAAUCCCGGUCGACAUGUACAGUAACACGUUCUUACAUAGAAACCUCAAAUGUGUGGGGGUUGCUGAAAGGACAGAGGGAGGGAAGUAUUCCCCACUAGACAUAACACACUGCUUUUCCAAAACACACAAUACAUUAAAGUGAGGUGUUCUUUAAAAGAGUUGAAGUGUGGGCUCCCCCAGCACAUGUGUGUGCCCGCGGGCCCCCAGGGGUGGGCGAUGCGAUGGUCACAUGGGUCACUUAAUGGCACUUCAGUCAUUUCUUGUUUGGCUCUAGGAAGUGGUAAUGUUUGAGUGCAGUUACUUCCUUUAUGAGGUUUAGUUUUGCUCUCUUUCUGUUGUGUGGCCAAACCAACCUACCAGCCCCCUUCCCCUGGUUGCAAGGGAUUCUACUCUUUUAGAAGACAAAGCAUUUAAAACUGUUUCCUGUUUGUCUGGGGCGCUACCGUUUAGGGGAUGUGGUGUUACUGUUGACUUCUGGAGAAAAACAAAAUGAAGAAAUAUCCAGCCCUGUCUCAGGUGUUCACAUUUGUGCAUAACUUUUAUUGGAAGGGGAUCACAGCUCCCUGAUAGGCUAGCAGGAUGCAGGAGUGGGCGGCGGAGGAAGCUGGAGCUGGGGAUGUCUCCCCCGGCAGCAGGGGGUGGGGUGUAGGCGGUGGGGAAGGCAGACUUGAAGUAGCAGGUGCCUGAGAAGUGUUCCCUCACUAAGCACGGAGGCAGCAGGACCGAGGAGUCCACGCACCGCUGACCCCGCGCCAGGGGGGCCCACAGCCCCCUCCCGCGCAGACGGCCCCUCUUGCCUUGCUCGCACGGUACGGGAUGUCCACGAGCUCAGCCCGCACGGAAGCUUUCCUGCUUCGUCCUCAUCUCAUAAAGGCGUUCCUUAAGAGCUUUGGGUGUCCCGAAGCCCAACCAGCAAGAGAGCAGCUCAGCCUACCCCCGCGGCUGCCGUCAGAGAAGAGCUGUGGGACCUCUUUGCCGGGACAUCACGGAUUGUUGGCAAGUCAGCCGUGUUCACAUCUGCUAGACUUUGGUCCCCGUAGCCAGCUUCUCUUCUAGUCCAGAUCACUGAAGUGACAGUGCUGACUGCUGUCUCCACUGGACUGGUCUUCACAGUUGUCCCGUCACAUGGAGAUCAGAGACUGAGGAACAGGACCUUGUCUGUGCCAUGCCUCGCUUCUGCCCUCCUGGCUAGAGAUUAGCGGUGGCUCGCGCCAGCUUGAGGACGGUUCUCACAGAAGCUCCACGAAGGUCCAUGCGGCCAGUGAGGGAAGGCGCCCAAGUCCUGGAAGACAGCAAGCGGGCCGUCCUGGCGCUGGGAUGAGGGACACAGACAAGACAUCCGGCCGGGUGCAGCCUCGGGGCCCUCGCCGGCUCCUUCCCAAGUGUCCCCCCCGCCCCCCGUGGCCCGGCCGCUGCGCAGGUCCUGUCCUGGGCUGACUGGGUCCUGCCGCCCGGGGGCUUUGUAGUAAGUACUCUAAAAAAGGCAAAGUUUGGCACGUGAAGGCUGCAGAGAUGGAAGGAAAGAUCUCAGAUUGAGGGGAAUGCAGACUAACAUUGAAACGUGGAACAAAGUGACUUAAAAGCAAUGAAGGGAGGUGUGGGUGAGCUGGGCUUGGAGCGGGUGGUGCUGGGGAGGGCCCGCCGGGCAUCUUCCAUCCCAGGCAUUGGUGAGGAGACGGUGCGGUUCACUCCCUGCGAGUUGGCUCACCUCACGGUGUUUGUAGCAAGCCAGCGGGCUCGUACUGGGGUCUGGCGGUUUUGGGGGAGGGUGGUGGGUGGACUGAGAACAGACCGGGUGGAAAGCUGGACGGGGAUGAAAGGGAAGUUACGUCAACCUCUUUUCUGGCCCUUUUGAGUUCUAGCCGCUGUCCAAUGGAAGUCCCCUAAUUGCUUCACGGACUCGAGACCACAAGCUCCCUGGAAGAACACGGCUCACAGCAAAGACAUGUGUCACAAAGUGCGGAGGUGGACAAUUCUAGAAAGAAACCAGGCUGUCCAAAAAACUGGGUGCCUGUGUUGCUACAAGACAGCGCCUGCCUGCGCCGACGAAGCUUGUUUGUUCGUGGCCCCCUGGGUGGCCUUGCGGAGGCCCUCCAAGUGACGCGCCCCUCAGACAGGCGCAGGAAGCCCGACCUGGAAAGGCAGGAGGAAGCCUUCACUGUCGGGGACGCAGUGAGGAGCACGAUGAAAACCCUUGGCUAUCGGGGGCGGGGUGGGUGUUGAACUUUGGUGAGUUAUUGCUUUCUCUCAACUGGUCUUGAUGCUUGAAGAGGCCAGAGGUCAGGUGGACUCAGCUGUGAGUCCCACUCCUCACCCUGAGCCCCGCUCUGUGCUGACAAGCGACAGGAAGCAGGAAGCAGGCCAAGGCAGGGCUGUGUGGGGGAGUGGCUCCCACAGGCUUUGCAGCGUCUCAGCAUGAAGUCAGUGAGAGCUGACAGUCAUCCAGGCUGGUGAUUUCUAUGCGGCGUGUGCUCGAGAUGUGGGUGACGGGCCACGUCCGGGAGAGCACCCCUCGCUCCUGUGGGUUUGCCUCAGUGGUCUGCGUCAGUUAGUGUCCUAUUGGUUUUCAGUUCAGAAAGUGGCCUCAUGUUCAGGCUGUGCUGGCGAGGAAGCCGAGUGUGACAGAGGGGACUUUCUUGCUGGAGCUAAACCCGGGAAGGAGUACUACUGACGUUACCGUGCCUCACCUCUCCACACCCUUGCUCGUCAUGAGCUCGGCCAGGCGAACCAAUGUCGGCAGACCGUGGCCUUAGUACCACCCGUUACUUAGGAUUUCUGGUGAAAUGUGUACACUUUGCCCCAAGGAGCUUCCAGCAUCAAGUACAAAAGGAUGAUCUCGAAGGAAAGACUAAGCUGGUUUUAAUGAUAUUUGGGAGCUGCUUUCCCCCAACGCAUGGAACAGAAGCUCUUACCUCACAAACACACACACACACACAAAAACCCUUUAGAAACCAUACACAGACUCUCUAGCAAAAACCUAAUCGUUUACAUUUCACUCUGUCUACAAUGUGGUCAUGGAGACACUCCACGACAGGUCAGUCUGUCCGCACACAGGCAGGCGGCCUUGGGGGGCGCGGGCCCAGAGGGAGGGACCCCUGGCUCCAGUGCGGGGUGCUGGACGAGGGUCGUGUGUGACCUCCAGGGCCGCUGCGCUGGCUACUUACGGCGUCCUCCUCGGCAACCGUGUCCCUCUUCCGAAGGAGGUGGUUCUGUUUCGAGAUCAGUUAGAGGAAAGGGAAUAAAGUGCUUCUCGUAAAAAUGACCAAAAUAAAUACAAACAUUUCAUGGCAGAAAAGAAAGUCUGAAGGGUUAUUUUCAAAGAGUUUGCUUCCUCACACACACGAUCCUUAGAGUUUUGGAAAGACAGAAUUUCCCCACACCAGUUGACAGUCUUGCGAUCCGCGGCAUCAGCAGCAGAAUUGGGUUUUCCUGCCCCCCCCAGCCAUGUGUUCGGUCCCUGGUCUGUAAACCUGUGCCCAAACAGCCCCCAAGCCCCUGGAGCCC